AACAAAUGGAAGUAGUUCAGGAAAUAAUAAAUGAAAAUUUUAAUGAUAACAUUAAUGCUGAGCAAAUUCCUGUGACCCUGAACCUUACAUUAGAAUUAGUAGAAAAUAUGAAAAGGGACGAAAGCAAAGCAGAAGGAAUUGCAUACCUGUCAUCACAUAAAAAUCAUAAAAAUCCAAGGCGAAAGAUAACUGCCUUUAGGGACCUCCACCAAAGCCUCGAUACAAAGAGAGACUUUUAA